AUGUCACAGACGCCCGACGUGGCCCUCUUCGCCGUACCCGACCUCGAUUUCCCGCUAGACGAACUCGAGGACUUGCCGGCGGAACAGCUUUUUCUCGUCCCCUUCCGACCAGACGCCACGGAGGAACACAAGCAGCGCGCAUACGAGAUCUUCUGGGCUCGCAAGGCGGCUGCCGAGCGCGCUGGGAGCGGUGGUGCGCAGGGGAAGGGUGUCGGACUUCAGGUGGGGAAGGCGAAUGAUCCCUGGACGGGCUCGCACAGGCGUCUGUCUAGCAUAGGAGACACCGAGGAAGGCCUGCCGACUCCGGGAGGGUCGCAGGACGGCGGCGCAGCGGACUUUGAAGGACUUGUUCCCGCUGGCGACAAGGUCGAGAAGGCGCUCACGAACGGCCAAGCCCACCAGUCCGCUUCGACAAGCGCCACUCCCUUCGCCAGCUCCUCGCAGACCAACCACUUCAAUCAGACUUCGGGCGCCGCGUCCAGCUCGCUCGCACCGUUGUCGAGUAGCAUCACCGACCCAAGCUCCGACAGCGCCAAGUCGCCUUUCGGGGCUUUCCCUACCCACAGCUCGACUCGCCCACUCAGGAAGAACGGCUUCUAUGCAGACGCUUCCUCCAGCCGUGACACGCCUUCCUCGUCGACUGAGAAGCAGAAGAAGGAUAAGGGGAAGGGGAAGGCCGUUGAGCUGCCCGGAGAGGCGGCGGAGUUUAGCGGGACGACUACUUCCGAGGCGACGCCCUCCUUCUCGCCUUCGACUUCCGUCCACCCCCGCGCGACCCGCUCGACUCACUCGACCGAUGCGAAGAAUUUGAGGUGGCAACGCGGACCGGAUCGCAGUAUCGAGGUCGUCGUCGAGAUCCCGCUCCAUCCCGCCAUGACGAACCUCUCGCCUGCUUUGCGCAAGAAGCUCUUCGGCAAGAAGGCGGCGCCUGUCAAGAAGGAGAUUGGCGCGAAGAAAGAGAAGGUUGCCUCGACUAUGCCGAGCGGGACGAAGAGGAAGACGAGGUCGUCGCUGGCGGCGGCUGAGCAAGCGGAAGACGAGGCGACCGAGCGGGCUGCGAAGAAGCGCAAGAUGUCGACGGUGGUGGAGGGCAAGAAGCCGGCUCAAGCAUCGCCUUCGACCACUUCGCGCCGCGGUAGGUCGAGCGCGACUUCGACCGCCUCGACUAGCAAGCGCAAGACGAGGCGCUCCUCCUCGGCCGGUUUUGAGGUGCUCAUCGAGACGCCCAAGCGACCGACUUCAUUCGCCAAAGCCGGCUCGUCGAUCAAGGGCAAGGGCAAGGGCGCAGCCGGCUCGCCCUCGCUCUCGCGCACCAACACGGUCAUCAGCGCCGCAGAUCAAGAGAUGCUCGACGCGGGGAACGACAUCGCUGUCGGCCCCGUCGGUUCGGGCAGCGGACUCGCGCCCAGCGGCCGUUCCUCGAAUCUGGUUGGCGACUCGUCGACUCUCGCGGAAGGCUCGUCCACGGCCGCUGGUGACGACGAAGCCGAUUUGCUCGCCAGUAUCCUCGCCCUCACAUCCGAGAACGCCGCCCAAGCAGGUCCUUCGACUUCCUCGUCGUCCGGUCUCGCCAAAGCUGCGAAAGAGGUGCAAGACGAGCUCUUCGGCGGUACGGAUAGCCCGCUCGAGUUGGAUGAGGCAACGAUGGCUAAGAUCCUUGCUGCUGUCGCGUCGAACGGGAAGGAGCAGGCUGGGAAGGCUGAUGCGGACGGAGGAGCGGAGGAGGAAGUCGAUGAGCUGGACGACGACUUUGGUCUCGCUCAGCUCGAAGCCGAGCUUGGCGUCGGCACCGGCAGCAAGAGUACGAAUGUCGAGAAGGGCAAGACCCGCCUCGAGCCCGGUGUCGACGCUCCCGCUCCUCCGCCUUUCGCAACCGGUCCCUCCACCGCUCCCAACGGCGCUCCAUCCACCGCCCCCGCCCCAGUCCCCGCCACUGCCAAACCCAUCUCCUCCUCGCGCUCUCAGCGCGCCACCAGCGCAACAGACGACGAAGACGCGCUCGUCUCUCCCUCGCUGCGCGUCGACGAAGAGGGGAAGAAGAAGAGGCGCAGGAAGGCACGGAUGAGCGACGAGUUGGAGAGGGCUGUCAAGAGGUGUGCGAGUGUGUGA